AGAAAUUUCGUCUUGAAAAGUGGCACGCGGUUGCCUUCAGUUGGAGUCAACUUAUUUCUGGAUCGGAACCCGGAAGGGCUGAAGAGGGUUCAAUUGCCAAGGUCAAAAAAGGAUCAAAGGCACAUGUUUGCUUGUUCAUAAAAGCAAACUUUUCGAGCACAUGAUUGCUUGCUCCUUCAAUCACUCGUGCAGAUCUCUAAGAGAAGUCGUUUCGCUUCUGGUGUGAGUGAUGAGUGUCGAUGGGAAAUCUGAAUUCUUGAGCUUUACAUUUUCCCCUUCUGCAUUAUGGGAUAAAUCUUUAGCUUUAAGUGGGGUUGAAGGACAAGAGGGAGAGGGAGACAAUUUCUUAUUCGAAUGAAGUGGGAACGCCUUAAAGCGCAUCGGAGUAGAGAUGCUGGCGUGAAUUGGGCAAGGGGUCUUUAAGGCAACUUGUCAUCUGCUUAAUCUUUCCUUUGCUUCGCUUUUGUGCAUGUUCUUGUAUGCUUUUGAUGAAUUAAUGCAGCCUGAGUAGGUUUAGGUUGUAAUAUGAUCUUAUGAUGUCACUGCUAUAACAUCUCUGUCACAGUCUGCAUGAGUGACUCUGCUUUUUCAAGUUUCAAACCAUAAGCUCUGUUGAACUUAUGCUGUUCUGUACUUUGUUAAAGUAUGUGAACCCUUCAAUCUAACUUGCCAGUUUUAAUUGCUGUGUCAUAUCAGGUCCCCUGUACACAUUCCACAAGCAACUUUAUGUACCACUGCAGAUUUGAGAACUAGGGAACUCCAAAUCUGCUGACAAGAGCAGAAGAGUUCUUCCAAAACCCUGUAGCUUACUAGCUUAUUUCUCGAAUGCUUUCUGGGAAGAGUGCAAAGAAAAUGGGGAACUUUUCACACAGUGCAGGCGGUACAAAGCACGGUGGAACGAGGGGUAUAAUAACAACUUUGAUUGGAAUCUUUUUCGGUUUCUUCUUAGGACUAUCGUUUCCGUUGUGGUCAUUAAAUAAGUUUACCCUUUCAUCCAGCCUUCUUCCCAUCUCUGAUCUUUCCAAACAUGAUAACCAACAAUUGAGGCCCUUGACUCAAGUUUCUUCUGAGAAUGGCUGCAACAGCAGCUCAACUGAAGCUCCGAAAGUGAACGACACUUCCAAGAUUUUGGUCCAAUCAAAGCCAAGAGGUGCAGAAAGAUUGCCACCGGGAAUAAUAGCUGCUGAAUCAGAUUUUUACUUGCGUAGAUUGUUUGGAGACCCCAAAGAGGACUUGACUUUCAAACAGAGGUAUCUGGUAACCUUCACUGUUGGUUAUAACCAAAGAAAUAAUAUUGAUGCAGUAGUCAAAAAGUUUUCAGAGAACUUCACCAUUCUUCUGUUUCAUUACGACGGGCGAACAACAGAAUGGAAUGAGUUCGAGUGGGCCAAGCGAGCCAUACAUGUGAGUGUUCCAAAGCAGACAAAAUGGUGGUACGCCAAGAGGUUCUUACAUCCUGACAUCGUGGCUCCUUACGAGUACAUAUUUAUAUGGGAUGAAGACCUAGGAGUUGAGCAUUUUGAUGCAGAGGAGUAUCUAAAAUUGGUGAGGAAGCAUGGCUUGGAGAUAUCACAGCCUGGCCUGGAACCUGACAGGAAGUUGAACUGGUUGAUGACUAAAAGAAUAAAUGGUAGUGAAGUUCACAAGAAAGUAGAAGAACGACCAGGCAGAUGUCGUGACCCACAUCUGCCCCCAUGUGCAGCGUUUGUUGAGAUCAUGGCUCCGGUUUUCACAAGAGAGGCAUGGCGCUGCAUAUGGUAUUUGCUUCAGAAUGACUUGGUACAUGGAUGGGGUUUUGACCUUGCCCUGAGGAAAUGUGUAGAGCCUGCGCAUGAGAAGAUAGGAGUAGUCGACGCUCAGUGGAUCGUGCAUCAGUCAUUUCCUUCGUUGGGUAACCAGGGCGAAUCACGAAAUGGAUCGGCUCCAUGGCAAGGGGUGAGGGACAGAUGCGGGAAAGAGUGGGCGAUGUUCAACAGCCGAUUGAGAGACGCCGAAAUCGCUCAAGAACGGGCAAACGGCGGUCCGUGAUCCUCCCCAAACUAAAAGACACGGUAGCGCACAUUGCAGCAGCAGAAUGUUCUGCAGAUACCAAAGUUACACACACCAGAAACCUCAAAUUUCUUAGGAUCCUCGGUAAUUAUGAUUGUCCUUGUACCAUAGCAUUACUCAGCAUAAACAGCCUCACAUCGUUAAAAUUACAGAAUUCAGUUCCCUGUUUUUAUAGAGAGCUCUCAGCAUGCCAAUUUCCUUUGGAGCUGUAAUAAAGAUGUUAUCAGAAGUUUCAAAAACACUGGCUGAUCCAUCGCAAGGUGAUACACCUGUUUACGAUUCCAAUAAUCGAAAUUUCUCGAGGCAC